AUGAGCGCACAACAACUCUCCAUCGAUAACGCCGACCUUGAGAAGCUCAACGACAAGGACCGCACCGAACUUCGCCAGUUUCUCGCCAACGAGCAGCAACGUUCUCAGAUCCAAGCCCAAACUCACAGCCUGACCCAGAUGUGCUGGGCUAAGUGCGUUCCCGGCAGCAUCAAGAACCCGAAGCUCGACAAGUCGGAGGAGACAUGCUUGGCCAACUGCGUCGAGCGAUUUCUUGACGUCAACUACCUCACGAUGAAGCACCUCAACGGCAUGCGCAACUAG